AUCUGAAUGUCUAUAUAAUAAAUAGCCCAUGAAAUUUGUUCAUUCAUAACUGAAGUGUUCGAAACUAGGCAGAACAAUUUUGACAGAACUGCAGAAAAAUGGUAUUCUUAAAAAAUGGCAUUCUUGUUCUUGCAAUAGUCGGUUGUGUUAUGAAGGUGGUUUUAGCCGGAACAACUGACCCCCAGCGUCAAAAGAUUAUCGACUUUCAUGCCGAAUGCCUCGACGCUCACGGACUCGACGAAGAAGCGAUGAUAGAAGCUCUGGAUGGCAAUCCCAGCGAGGACGAUUCCUUCUACCACCACUUAUUCUGUGCUGCCAAAAAGGCCAACGUCAUGACGGAAAACGGCGAGGUUACAUUGGAUACCUUCCACAUCGACAUGGCAGGCGUAAUCGACAGUCACAACAUGGAGAACAUACAUAAUAUUUUGAGAAAAUGUUUGGUGCAGAAGGCCGAUAUCAUGACCACCUUGAGAGAUGCAGUUCAAUGUUUCAUUAAAGAGGAUCACAAUCUUUAAUAAUUUAGAAAUUUUGUGUUUUAUAUAAACCACCAUGUGUGAUAUACAUACAUUUUUAAUAAAGAUUCUAAGUUUUA